CAACUCUCUGCUCACAGUGCUGGUGGACAGCUCCCGUAACAAGUGAACGUCGCGGGUCGCUCGCGAAGUCCGUUUGACGUUAUCUUAUUGCUGAACGUCGGUAAUAUUUAAAAAGAUGGAUAUUCGGCGUAUUUCCAAAGUUGGCUUGUAAACCACAAAGUGCACAGUUACUUUUAUCAUUGUCCGCCGAGUUUGAGAUUUUUCCUUUUUUUAUUAUUUGGAGUCGACUUUGGUCUGCUCAGCGCCCAUGAAUUGAAUUUACCUCACUGUACUGAAGAAGGAUCUGGCUGAUUGUCGGACGGAGACUCUCAGAUAACCGUAAAUAUGGAGAAUAUAGUUGGAUUAAUUUGGCUGCGAAGACUUCUGCUGUUCUGCGUGUGGUUUUCCUUUCUCAGCUUUGACGGCAAAUCCUACGGCUCAGUGGCACCACGGGGUUUCGCGGACCUGCACUUCGUGUUAGAGCCUGCUGACACCGCCGUGGCCCGGGGAGGGCUGCUGCAGCUGGACUGUCAGGCUCGCUCGGCACAAGGGGCGCCCCUAGUGGCCUGGAGGAAGGACGGCGUGCUGCUGAGCGCGCUGGUGGACGAGCGGAGGCAGCAGCUGGCUAACGGAUCGCUGGUGGUCCGUGACGUGGUCCACUCGCGUCACCACCAGCCCGAUCAGGGUGGGUACCAGUGCCUGGCGUCGCUGGAGGGCGUUGGGGCCAUAGUGAGCCGCUUCGCAAAGGUCACAGUGACAGGGCCUCUGCGGGUGGCGGUCGCCAUGGCGUCGGUGACAGCGUAUGUGGGCGACACGGCACUGCUACGCUGCGAGAUGCUGGGUGAGCCGGCUCCGGCAGUGCGCUGGCAGAAGGACCGGCGGGACGUGCCGCUGGACCCCGGGGGCCGCGUGGUGGCCCUGCCAUCCGGCACGCUGCAGCUUCGCGGGAUCCGUCCCUCCGACGCAGCUGCCUACCGCUGCCUGGCCCAGACCCCCGGAGAUGCCCGGACGGGCACGGACACCACGCUGCGAGUCAUUCCAGAGCCCGGUGUGGCUCGCGCUGUUGGCUUCUUGCAGCGGCCCACCGAAUCCAUAGUCCUGGAGGGCAGUGAUGCAGUUCUGGAAUGUUCUGCCUCUGGCUUCCCUACGCCGACCUUCCUCUGGACUAGGACUGACAGCCCAAUUGACACCAGGUUGGAGCGCUACUCUCUGUUGGGAGGGAGCAACCUAUUGAUCCGGAGUGUCCGCACAGAAGAUGCCGGUUCCUACAGCUGCAUGGCCCACAACGAGAACCAGAACAUCAGCGCAUCCUGCGACCUUUCAGUGCUGGUGCCGCCACGCUUCCUGACUGCCCCCGCCAAUCUGUACGCCUACGAGACGAUGGACAUCGAAAUGCAGUGCGAUGUGAUGGGGAGCCCGGCGCCCACCGUCCGCUGGGCCAAGAACGGGGAGAUGGUGGUGCCCAGCGACUACUUCAAGAUCGUUGGUGGGGGCCACUUGCAGAUCCUGGGUCUGGUGAAGUCGGACGAGGGAUUUUACCAAUGCAUGGCGGAGAAUGCAGCGGGAAACAUCCAGGCCGCUGCUCAGCUUAUCCUUCUGGAGCCAGUUGUCCCGAGCUCCAGCGCCCUCCCCUCCGCUCCCUGUGACCUGGCCCCUGUCCUAGUGUCUAGCCGCUCCAUUCGGCUCAGCUGGCGCCCCCCAGUGGAGACUCAUGGGAAUAUCCAGACUUACACCAUCUACUACUCAGAGGAGGGUGUUAACAGGGAGCGAUCGGUAAACACCUCACAGGCCUGGCUGCAGGUCACCUUGGAUGGCCUGAAGCCGGAGCAGACAUACGUUUUCAGGGUGGUUGCUUACAACGCUCAGGGCCCGGGGGCCAGCUCCCCACCUGUCACUGUCACCACGAAACCAUACGCACAGGUUCCAGGGCCUGUGGAGAAUCCCUGGGCUGAGGCCGUGUCCGCCACCUCCGCCCAGGCCUCUUGGGAAGCCCCAGCGUUCACUGAGAGCCCAGUGCUUGGCUACAAGGUUUUCUGGACCGAGACUGGCACAGGCAAGGAGCAGAGCGCGGAGGUGGCCGGCCGUAACUACCGCAUCGACGGCCUGAGAAAGUUUACGGAGUACGUGAUCCGCAUCCUGGCCUACAACCUUCACGGCCUGGGAGAGUCAGCCGGGGAUCUGAUGGUGACCACGAUGUCUGAUGUGCCAAGCUCUGCUCCACAAAAUGUCUCCUUAGAGGUCGUGAACUCCAGAAGCAUCAAAAUGAACUGGUUGCCACCUCAGGCAGACUCCCAGAACGGCUUCAUCACUGGCUACAGCAUCCGCCACAGGAAGAUAGGUCGCCGUGGUGACCAAGAGACCAUCGAGCCCAAUAAUCUCUGGUACCUGUUUAUAGGACUAGAUAGGUCCAGCCAGUACAGCUUCCAGGUGUCGGCCAUGACAGUCAAUGGGUCAGGACCGCCCAGUGAGUGGCACACGGCUGAAACACCGGAAAACGACCUGGAUGAGUCCCAGGUUCCAGACCAGCCCAGCUCGUUGCAUGUGCGUCCCCUAGCAACCAGCAUCAUCAUGAGCUGGACUCCGCCCCUUAGCCACAGCAUCGUGGUUCGUGGUUACAUCAUUGGCUACGGAGUAGGCAGCCCAUACGCUGAGACUGUGCGGGUGGACAGCAAGCAGCGCUAUUACUCCAUCGACAACCUGGAGCCCAGCUCCCACUAUGUCAUCUCACUCAAGUCCUUCAACAACGCAGGGGAAGGCGUCCCCCUCUACGAGAGCGCCGUCACACGGGCUGCCACAGAUCCCUCUGACCCGUCGGACGAGGACCUGUUCCACCUGUUUGACCCCUUCCCCACUCCCGUCCCAGAAUCCUCCACUCCCAUGAUCCCCCCGGUAGGUGUGCAGGCUGUGCCACUGACCUCAGACUCAGUGCGCGUCAGCUGGGCCGACAACUCUGUGUCCAAGCACCAGAAGUCCAGCGAGCAGUGCUUCUACACAGUGAAGUGGAUGGCCAGCCAUUCCACCAGCGGAAAAUACAAGACCACAGAUACGACUGCCCUUAGUCACACUAUCUCGGGACUGAAGCCCAACACGAUGUACGAGUUUGCUGUCAUGGUAACGAAAGGUCGAAAGUCUAGCACAUGGAGUAUGACUGCACACGCCACCACCUAUGAAACAGCACCCAGCUCCGCCCCCAAGGACCUGACAGUCAUCAGUCGUGAGGGAAAGCCUCGGGGUGUGCUAAUCAGCUGGCAGCCUCCCACGGAGGCCAAUGGCAAGAUCACAGGGUACAUCCUGUUCUACACGCUGGACAGAAACGCGCCCAUCGAUGCCUGGCUGAUGGAGCCCAUCGGCUCGGACCGCCUCACCCACCAGGUGUCCGAGCUGAGCCCGGACACAGUGUAUUACUUCCGGAUCCAGGCCAAGAACAGCCGUGGCGUGGGCCCCCUGUCCGAUCCGGUCCUCUUCCGGACCCCCCGAGUAGAGCAUCCAGACAAAAUGGCCAAUGACCAAGGUCGCCACGGUGACAGCAGCUACUGGCCAUCUGACACCCAUCUGAUUGACAGCAGCAGUCUGAAUGACUCCCCCAUUGGACACAUGCAUCCGCCCCAGAAAAAUGGCAGCUUGCUGGUGGUGGUGGUGGUGUCGGUGGGUGCAGUGGCUGUGGUUGUCGUCAUCAUUGUGGCUUUCAUUUGCACUCGACGCUCUUCUGCCCAGCAAAGAAAGAAGCGGGCAUCCCACGGUGUGGGGAAGAGGAAAGGCAGCCAGAGGGACUUACGCCCCCCUGACCUCUGGAUCCAUCACGAGGAGAUGGAGCUAAAGAGCAUGGAGAAGCCCUCAGGUCCCGCCCCCUCAGCCUGUGAUUCGCCGAUGCAAAGUCGCCAGGAAAUCCCACCUGUCAGCCACAGCCUAUCAGAGAGCCAGAUGGGAAGCAAGAGUAGCCACUCAGGAGCAGAUGGAGAUGAAGCUUCGAGCAGCAUGGCCACUUUAGAGCGCCCCCUGGCAACCCGGAGGGCUACCCGCACCAAGCUGAUGAUGCCCAUGGAGUCCCAGCCCAGCAACCCCACUGUUGUCAGCGCCAUCCCAGUGCCAGCUCUGGAGAGUGCCCAGUACCCCGGGGUCUUGCCAUCACCUUCCUGUGGCUACCCUCACCCACCGCUGUCCCUGCGACCAAUGCCCUUCCCCUCUCUCACCGUGGAGCGAGGCUACACGCCAGCGAUGGCAGCCGAGGGCCCUGCCCCCCCCACCCCGCACGUCCAGCUCACCCAGCAGCCGACGGUCAUCACCAACUCGCCCCCCGAGCGGGGGGCCGGAGAGGAGAACGCCAGCCGCAGCAUUCCCACUGCCUGCGUGCGACCCACCCACCCGCUGCGCAGUUUCGCUGGCACGCCCCUCAUGCCCCCUGCCAGUGCCAGUCUGCCCAAAGCACAGGUGAAGACGGCAUCUCUGGGGCAGGCUGGAAAAGCAAGGUCCCCCCUUCUGCCUGUGUCUGUGCCCACCGCUCCGGAGGUGGUCGAGGAGGGGCAGAAACCACCAGAGGACCCGGCCAGUGUGUACGAGCAAGACGACUUGAGCGAGCAAAUGGCAAGCCUGGAAGGACUGAUGAAGCAGCUGAACGCCAUCACCGGCUCUGCUUUCUAACCUGGGCCGGCCGGGCAGGGCUCUGGGUCAGGGCCACCCAUGACCCUCGUCACCCCUGUGACUCUGUGACCCUUGAGUAUAUGGGGGACAUUGGCCCUGUGUCACUAUCCCAGGAACAGUUCUGAAGGUGCCUGGACCCAACCCAAGCAACCGUGUCAACUGGACUUCCUUCCACCUCAACACUAUUUAUUUGCGUCAUCCCGUGGAGCACAGGGCUGUCAGGCACCUCAGGCUGCUGUCCACACUGCUGCUCUCAAUGCUUCUUGGAGCCCCCCGACUGGAGCGCUGACUUAUCACCUCCCAUAGAAGGUCAACCCAUCAUUCCUGGUCACAUCUGCUAAACAGUUCUGAAACAAACCCUCUUCUCCCCCAGCCUAAAAAAAACAUGGCUGUAACCCCCGAGGGGCCACGGGCUGGUUCUGUCUGUCUGGGUCUGAUCUGGCUUUCAUUCCCUUCAAGCAGUGACAUCGUCUCGGCCCGAACGGGUCUCAUUCAGCAGAGCCUGAGGGAAGGACCAGAUGUAGGACAACCAUUGCUGGAUUUUGCUUGGAGAAAAAAAGCGUUUUGAUUUGCAGUGUCCAGGCAGUAACAGAGAUGUUUGCAGACCUUUUCAGGGGGGCAGGCUGAAGCAUAGCUCAGUGUGGGCCUUUGGUCUGAUGUGUGUCAUUCCCUGCGAGGAUCCCUCAUGUAAGGUGACACCCUGUCUGCUGCGUCUGGCUGAUGGUGAACCUGCAGCAGCACAGCUGAAAUGAACAGUGGCCAAAAUAGACCAUUAUUUUCUUUUAUUGUUGUGACAUACAUGAUGACCUCCUCACAUUAGAGUAACAGUAUUUCCAAUAGGUUCUCGCUGCAGGUGCACAAGAUAUAUAUAUAUAAGCAAUUAUUUUGUUUUCUUGUGGAAAAAAAAACAUGAAAAAACGGUGACCCUCAACCUUUACAUUCAAGCAACAUUACAGUAUUGUCUCCUGUACUGCAUGGAGAUGCCAGAAGGUUCUCUGUUAGAUCUAUCCCGGUCCACUGGGCUUUAAUCCAUGUAGGAAGACACAUCCAAUCUUUGUAGAUGACUUGUUCCCUCAUUGGCAUUCCAUCACCAUUAUUGUGCGAAACAAUUAUAGGAAAAUUACAUAGGGGGCUUUUUCAGCGUAUUACCCUACACUGUUAACGGUUAUCUGGUACUCUGAAGUGUGCCGUGUUCGGCAGCGGUGCAUUUUUGCGGUGGCAUGGAGAUGAUAAAUGUUUACGCCAAAGUUGUGCCAUAACAAUUGCUUCUGUUAUCAUGGACCCUGCGUUUUGUACAGAGCUGAGCAGUGCCUGGAUGUAUGACGGGUACCUGCAGUACUGGGCCUUUUCAUAAUUUAAUUGAUGUGUGUCGCAUUUUAAUACAUAAAUUCUUCCCUUGGAGUGGCGAUACAGUGUUAGCAGGCAUUUUCCCCCCAAUGUACAUUUUAAUUAAAACGUACGUUUGUUUCACAUUUCCAUAAAUUCAUUAUUCAAUGCCCUUAUUUUAAGAUCAAAUUUUGUUUGCUAAUCAGAUCAUAGCUGCUAAUCAAAUAAUCCAAUUUGACUUCUACCCUUUUACAAGAAAUCGGUGUUUACGGAAGGCGUUUCAUCUAGCGUGUCUUUCUGUGAGGGUCUAACAGCUUAAUCCUUCAUGGAAUUAGAACCUUCCAGAAACUCACAGGUUUCCUUAAACACUGUGCCAUGUGUCCUUGUGGUUCCACUAGGAUGGCCCGAGUCCACUGAAAGGGCCGUGAAGUCAGGAGAAAACUUACAAUACAAUAACAUUCGGCAAUGCUUUACAUUAACUUCACCUUCAUAAUGCCUUUAUAAUGCAUUUGUAGAACAUUCAGAGCACCUUCAUAAUGCAUUCAUAGAACAUUCAUAAGUAGCAUGUAAAUAAACUUCAACAUCCUACCAUAACAGCUUUAAUUUGCAUUAAUAACAAAUAUUAUACACGAUUAUAAUGUUUGUUAUUAAUGAAUAUAACAGCUGGCACAUCUGUUCAUUGGAAGUAUUAUGAAUGCAGACCUUGAGGACUUGUUAAGGUAUCCUUACGUGCUGCUUAUGAAUGUUAUGCAAAUGCAUUUUGAAAGUCCAAUGUCUGUCCUAUGAGUGCAUAGUAAAUGCAUCAUGAAGGUCCAGUUAAUAUAAAACAUUACCUAAUGUCCUGUGUCCAUUUGGGCUUCACACCCGUGUAGAGCUGAUACUCAAGUCUCUGCUAUAUCUCUACUUGUUAUGACUGUCCAUCACUGUUGGACACAGGCAAAUAUAGAUCAGAUUACUCUCAUGCUCUGCCCCCUUCCUGUUGUACUGUCACGUUACUAAAACCCACAUCAACUUCGGUUCUAGAAACGAUCAGAUUAACGAUCAGCUGGGAAGCAAGAGAAAUCAACUUAGAGGAAAAAUAGAGGUUGUUCAGAAUUAUUUUAGAAUGACUUUCAAAUGACUUUAUGGGAUUUUAGUAUUGUGGUGCAAUUAAGGUAGUAAUAUUCUGCACAUAAUUGCUCACUAUUUUGUUAUGUAUACUUGGCUAGCUAGCCAUCAUGGUAGGCUAUGGAGUACCAUCUAAACGGUGACAUCAUCACCCAAAAUGAUGGGUAUUCAUAAUCAUGGCCGUUGAUGGGAGGUAGGAAUUGCAAUGCCCAGGAACACGUAGUGUUUUCUGAAGUCUAAACUAUACCCAAAGCCCUUCAGGACUGCUGGAAUGCUAACAAUGAUGUCUGUCCUGUGUGUCCAUAACAACAUGUGCCGGAAGUAUGCAGAUGAUUGGUUAAGUAAACAGGAGAUACACAUUUGCCUGGCCAUCACUGUUAUGAAAAAGAAACACAGAGUAGCAAACACUGCCUUUUUCUUUUAAGGUUGUAGGCCUGGAAAUGAUGCAUCAGGUUGGAAGCACACAGCCCCACUUAAGUCAUUCAUGUUGCUUUCACGCUUUUAGUCUUGCAAAAUAUUCUUGCUGUAUAUUUCAUUUCAGCCCAGGAAAGGUGAGCUUCACCCAUUUCGUAAUAUCCGCCAGACCAAAGUGAGUGGCUUGUAUGACUUCUACAAAGUCGUGUUUUCCUGUCUAUACCAACACUGCAUACAGAUGCACUUCGUAUUAAUGUGACGGAUUGCUGGUGUGCACGAGACGGCGCAUCUCACUGCCAGCAGGGGGAGUCAGACAAGAAGAUCAGCUUCUUAAGGGAUGCUGAUCAUCAAUGGAGCAUCACCACUAGUGCUUAUUAUUAACUUAUAAGUGCAAUGCUGUAUCCCUGUGCUUAUUGUAUACUGUAUUUUGCAUACUGUAUCAAAAGUUAAACAACCUCAAAACUAUAUAUUUCAAACAAACGUACAUAACAAACACGCGCCAUUUAUCAAAGAACAUUCAAAUGAAGAUAAAACUGUGGAUAAAGUCAGUUUGAGCCCAUAUUCCAACUCUCGCUGCUGAGCAUGUGCACAUGGUGAGAGCCAACCAGAGCCCAGCAGAGGAGUACCUAGUGACAUCACAGAGCAUCACUCCGAUUGGUGGGCAGGACUCACCAGCAGCCAAUAAGAUCAGAUUAUUGACAAAACCUCUGGAUACCCUCUUCAUAAUCCCAACAAAAGCCUGUCUGGGCUUUGAUGCGACAGAACAACAUUUCAGAAACCAGCAGUGUGGGGAAAGAGCUAAGGAAACAUUUUGAACAUAUGAAAUUAUUCUUAAAUUGUCAAGUUCUAGCAUUGUUGAGAAAAUUAGAUUAGUCCUUACAAUAUUUAAGUGUACAUUUUGUGUUCUUCUGAGGAGGAGUGAAAAAGAGAAAUACUGUAAAAAGGUUAAAAAAAGGAAAAAAAAAAGCACUGGCUGUUUCUACACAAUCUUGUAUACAACUGCUGGUUUUGUAAUGCCCUGUAGAACAGCCCAGCCCUGUUCCUUUUUAUGUGAGUUUGAUUUCCAUGGUGCAUCUUUUUGAUAAAUAAAGUUUUUGAUACAAAA